AUGCAUCUGCCGGAAGGACCAUUAGGAAUGGACAACUUCAACGUGAUUCACGAGACGCUGCAGGCUUGUCACGGGGAUUUAGUGAGGACCGGAAGUCCCGCCAUCCUCUGUACCGCGUUGCCAUCGCACUGGAGGUCGAACAAGUCUCUGCCGGUGGCUUUCAAGGUCGUCGCCCUGGACGAGGUCAGCGACGGCACCUUGGUCACCAUCCGAGCCGGCAACGACGAGAACUGCUGCGGCGAACUCAGGAAUUGCACCGCGCUCAUGAAGAACCAAGUCGCCAAGUUCAACGAUCUCAGAUUCGUUGGACGUAGCGGAAGAGGAAAAUCGUUUUCCCUGACUAUCCAAAUCAGCACGGUACCCUUCCAAGUCGCCACCUACACGAAGGCUAUCAAAGUGACCGUGGACGGACCCAGGGAACCACGAUCCAAGUCGAUGAACCCAUGGGUGGACGUGGCGUACCUGAGUCACGCGUGGCACCUGCAUCAUCCCGCGUUCGUGAAAGGAACCAUACCGAUGUCGUCGACGGAACUCUUUCCGCCGACCUUCCCGCCGACCGUUCUGCCGUCGUAUCCGUUCGACCACGUGAAAUAUCCGGCGGAAUUCGCGACGCUGCCGCCAAAAACCAGCAGCAGCACCACCACGCCGGCCACCAUCCCGAACAGCCCGUCCAGAACGCCGCCCAAGAGCCCCAGCGAGUCCGGAAGCGAGUCAGCCGCCGAGGAGAUUCGCAGCGCGUUCGUGCCGAUCAGAUUGAACACGCUGCCGCCAACGUCGUCCGUCAUCACCGCCUCCUCGUCGUCGCCGGAAAGGCUGGCCGGCCCCAAGAAGGUCGCGGAGGGUGCGAGGAACGAGCUGAAGGCGCCAACCGCCCUCAUCUCGCGGUCCCUGUCGCCCAAGAGGAGCCCAUCUCCGACCAAGAUCUCGUCGCCACCGCCUGCGAAACCGGUCUGGAGGCCGUACUAGGGCGAAAGGAUGCCGAGCACUCGGUGAAACGAGGGUAUACGAUUCCCGCUGGAAGGCUAGUGAUUACUUAGACGUCGUCGGCGGAUGUACAGUCUCUUCGGGAGAAGAGAGCGUGACCGACGUUAAUCCGUGUGGGCCCUGCCACGCAGGGCUCUUUUCUUCCUCCCACCUUUCCAUUUCCCGCUCUUCGUUUCCUCCAUCGUUUUUCCUUCAUCGUUUUCACGAUAUUCACCGUCACACGAGGACACGAGAGCGACGCUUUAGCGCGUCCUCGGUUUUACGAGGACGCCGGUGGCGAGAGACGUCUUACGGAGUCGCGUUACGGUGCUCGUAUCUAGACUCCCUUUCUCUCUCUCUCUCUCUCUCUCUCUCUCUCUCGGUGAUCGACGAUCUCUC